AGCGUAGAUUUUGAUAACCUUUGGUUAAAAAAAAAUCGUUAACCUUAAACGCGUUCAGAGAGAGGACCUCUGAUCGGCGAAGCCCAGCAAUCUCAGAUCACAAUUGAUCGCCAUUAUGAUUUCUGUUGGUAAUUUUAAAUGGAUGGGACAGGGGAUCUGCUGUCCAAUGCAUGAAAGCAAUUUGAAUAAGAUUUUGCUGAGGGGAUUUUGAGAUUGACAAAAUUAGAGAUGGGUUUCGUGAGUUCUGUAUUGGGUUUCUUUGGAUUUGGAUUUGGCCUCACUGCUGGCCUCGUUAUCGGCUAUUAUCUCUUCAUCUACUUCCAAUCCUCUGUUGUUGAGGAUCCUACAAUACGGCCACUUGUCGAACAUGAUUCUAACUCUCUGGAGAACAUGCUUCCUGAAAUUCCUUUAUGGGUGAAAAAUCCAGACUUUGAUCGUAUGGAUUGGCUAAACAGGUUUUUGGAAAGCAUGUGGCCUUAUUUGGAUAAGGCAAUCUGCAAAACAGUAAAGGAAAUUGCAAAGCCAAUUAUUGCUGAGAAUACUGAGAAGUUUAAAAUCGAAUCUGUUGAAUUUGAAACAUUUACCUUAGGCUCACUACCUCCAACUUUUCAAGGAAUGAAAGUUUACAUGACAGAGGAGAAGGAGUUGAUUAUGGAACCAUCUCUUAAAUGGGCUGGUAAUCCAAAUGUCACCGUCGUGGUUAAAGCAUUUGGAUUAAAAGCCACUGCACAGUUGGUAGAUUUGCAAAUCUUUGCUGCACCUCGCAUUACUUUAAAGCCUCUGGUUCCUAGCUUUCCUUGUUUUGCAAAUAUUCUUGUCUCUCUCAUGGAAAAGCCACAUGUCGACUUUGGACUAAAACUUCUUGGCGCAGAUCUCAUGUCUAUUCCUGGCUUGUACAGAUUUGUGCAGGAGACCAUCAAGACUCAGGUUGCGAACAUGUACCUUUGGCCUAAAACACUCGAAGUCCCAAUCAUGGAUCCAUCAAAGGCCCUACAAAAGCCUGUCGGAAUUCUACUAGUGAAGGUUAUAAACGCUCAUAAACUGAAAAAGAAAGAUCUUAUGGGUAAAUCUGACCCUUAUGUCAAACUUAAACUCACUGAAGACAAGCUUCCCUCAAAGAAAACUACGGUGAAGAAGGGUAACCUUAGUCCUGAAUGGAAUGAGGAAUUCAAGUUUGUUGUCAAGGAUCCAGAAUCUCAAGCUCUGGAAGUCAAUGUUUUCGACUGGGAACAGGUUGGGAAACAUGAUAAAAUGGGCAUGAAUGUUGUUCCACUCAGAGAUCUUACUCCAGAUGAACCAAGGACGAUGACACUUAACUUGCUUAAGAAUAUGGAUCCUAAUGACACUCAGAAUGAAAAAUCACGUGGACAAGUUGUCAUGGAAUUGACAUAUAAACCCUUUAAGGAAGAAGAAAUUGCAGCAGGCAUCAGUGAGGAUACAAAAGACGAUAUACUAGAAAAGGCUCCAGAGGGUACACCCUCAGGUGGUGGUUUGCUUGUUGUCAUUGUUCACGAAGCUCAAGAUUUGGAGGGAAAACAUCACACUAAUCCAUAUGUAAAAAUACUUUUCAGGGGAGAGCACAAGAAAACUAAGCACAUAAAGAAAAAUAGGGAUCCACGAUGGGAAGAUGAGUUUCAAUUUGUGUGUGAGGAACCUCCCGUUAAUGAAAAAAUGCAUAUAGAGGUUCUCAGUAAGGCACCAAGCAUUGGUAUACACCACAAGGUAUGUACAUAUUUUUAUUUAGGAUUUAGAUCUAGAGUCUCAAACAUUCACAUUGAUCUGAUAAUAGUUAACGGAGGAGAUAGCCCUAAACACAUGGAAGAAUGACAUCCAUGUAGCUGACCCUAAAAAUUUGGGAUAAAAUUUUUGUUGUUGCCAUUGUUGUCUAAAGCAUAUGGAAUGGAUAAGAAGCAUCACAACUUUAAUAGCAGGUAAUCCAAUUAGCACUUGGGAGAAUAGUACAUGAUGUUAUACCUUGACAGAAAUAGUUAGGCUAGUGUGGUCUUAUAUGUUUUAUAUUUUUAUGUGUAAUUUAAGGAUCCAACCCGAUUUU